UUGUCCAACAUUAUUUACUACAUAUUCUGCAAUACAAAUAAGGUCUAUAAAUAGCCAUAUACAUAUAAUAUCAAAAAUGUGUAAUCUACUAUACGGAGUGUUAUUUUGCUCGCAAAUCUUUGUUUUGACAAUCGUACGUUUCAGGCAUUAAUUAGUUCUUCCUUCUUUGAACGAGAGAUAAUAAACAAAAAUGGUGGUAUAUGCUGAAAAGAAAGCAUUGCACCAGGAGUUAAGCCAGAAUAGCAAACGUUUGUUUUCAGAAUCAGCUAAUACUACGGUUGUUACGUGCACCGUCAACGGCGAAGAAGGUAAGGAAAGUGGCAAUGGCACGGUCACGUCGUCGUGCCUCGACAUCGAGGAAUACGGGGCUAACGGCGAGAUCACCGGAGAAAAGAAGGCGUAUGUAGCGACUGUUUUGGAAAGAUACACACGGAGAUGGCAUGAGAGGUCCAAACACCAUCUCGGAUAUCCAGCAAAUUUGGACUUUAACUAUGAUGAUCUUGAUCAAUUUCAACAAUUUUUAAUUAACAACUGUGGCGAUCCAUUUAUUGAGGGCAACUAUGGUGUGAACUCAAGGGACUUUGAAGUAGCUGUUUUAGAUUGGUUUGCAAAUCUUUGGGAGAUUAAAAAGGAUGAGUAUUGGGGAUAUAUUACAAACGGUGGAACUGAAGGAAACUUUCAUGGACUACUUGUUGGGAGAGAGAUGUUUCCCGAUGGAAUUUUGUAUACUUCUAGUGAAUCGCAUUAUUCGGUCUUUAAAGCCGCGCAUAUGUAUAGAAUGGAGUGCAUUAAGAUUGACACAUUAAUUUCGGGGGAAAUUAAUUGUGGCGAUCUAAAGGCCAAUCUCCUCCGAAACAAAAAUAAACCUGCCAUCAUCAAUAUCACCAUAGGGACUACGAUAAAAGGUGGUGUUGAUGAUGUUGAUCUUGUAAUACAAACUCUUGAAGAGUGUGGCUUCCCACGCAACCGAUUCUACAUCCAUUGUGAUGGAGCCUUGUUUGGUGUUAUGCUACCAUUUCUUGAUCAAGCACCUCGUGUCACAUUUAAAAAACCAAUCGACAGUAUAAGCAUUUCCGGCCACAAAUUCAUAGGAUGUCCAAUGCCUUGUGGUGUCCAAAUAGUAAGAACAAACCACAUCAAUCUCCUAUCUAGGAAUGUAGAGUACAUAUCUUCAAAAGAUGUUACAAUCAUGGGUAGUAGAAACGGUCACAAUCCCAUCUUCUUAUGGUACGCAUUGUAUUGCAAAGGGUACAAUGGAUUUCGAAAAGAGGUUCAAAAAUGUAUGCAAAAUGCCCGUUACCUAAGAGACCGCCUUGUCGAGGUUGGGGUUAGUGUGAUGCUUAAUGAGUUUAGCAACACCGUUGUCUUUGAACGUCCAAAAGAUGAGGAAUUUAUACGGCAUUGGCAACUUCCAUGUGAAGGGAACAUAACUCAUGUGGUUGUGAUGCCUAAUGUUACAAUUGAUAAGCUUAAUAGUUUUGUGGAUGAGAUUGUUAAGAAGCGUUUGAUUUGGUUUAAAGUUGAUGGUAAAUUGCCUACUUGUGUUGCUUUUGAGAUUGGGAAGGAGAAUUGUGUUUGUCCUCAACACAAGUGAGAAUUUGCUAGCAAUUUACUCAUAUUCCUAUGGUUAAUUUUGCACAAACCACACAUAUCCACCUACAUUUUUUUUCUCCCCAUAAAAAAAUAUGUAUUGUUUUUAUCAUCGUUGGUUGUCAUCCUCAAUAACUAGUGUUUAUAUCAAUAUUGUAAAAUUUAUCAUAUAGAGUAUGCAGUGUUGUUUAGAUACAUGUGAAGGUUGUAUUUAUUUAUUUUUUUGAAGUAAUUUUUUCUCUAGAAGAUACAUUAAAGUUUUGUUUUAUAUAAACAGAUCUAUUUCACAAGAGGACACCAGAAAGACAAA